GUGUAGCCUGUCGCUGAUCCAUAUAUAUAUGGCAUGCGAAUGGUAGUACCUCACAUAUCGCAGUCACCAAGUGCAGACAACUCACGGUUUGGGGUUCUAAGUUGCAGAAGCCAGAGAGAGACACUACUUGGACGUGAUCAUCAGCAAGCAGCGAACAGCUAUUAAAGGUUCACCCGAUCGCCAUCGUCACACUCGUCACGUCACGCGUCGUCGUCGCCGUCGAUGGAGCACGAGCAGGUGUCGCCUCAGGUGUCCGACGGCUGCACCUGCACCUGCACCUACAGCAGCAGCAGCAACGCCACCAGCGGCUCCCUCAACGGCUCGUCGUCGCCGACCUCCAGCGACGACUCCGGCGGCAAGGGCACGAAUAAGCGGCCGCGCAGGGACCUGAAGCACCCGACGUACCGCGGCGUGCGCAUGCGGGCCUGGGGCAAGUGGGUGUCCGAGAUCCGGGAGCCGCGCAAGAAGUCGCGCAUCUGGCUCGGCACGUUCGACAACCCGGAGAUGGCCGCGCGGGCGCACGACGCCGCCGCCGUCGCCAUCAAGGGCCGCGCCGCGCACCUCAACUUCCCCGACCUGGCGCACGACCUGCCCCGCGCCGCGUCCGCGGCUCCCAAGGACGUGCAGGCCGCCGCCGCGCUCGCCGCGGCCACUGUGCCGGCUCCGUCACCCGUCGUCGCCCCGUCCUGCGGCCACGGCCACGGCCUCGACGACGAUGCCGACACCGAGACGGAGGAGGACCUGCCGCCUCAGCAGGCAAUGCCGGAAUGCGAGAGCGGGAACCAGCAGGCUCAGCUUCAGCUGGCCUGUGCCGACAUUGGAGUUGGACUGGGCUAUACGUUCUUGGACGUGCCAGACGGCCUUCUGGACUUCGGCUACAUGUUGUCGCCGCUGCCGCUGCCGGCUUACUGUGGCUCGCCGUGGGACGACAUCGCCGAUGACCUCUGCUUCGAGGAGCCCUUGCUGCUUUGGGAACAUUGACCAUCCAGGACUAGCCAACUUCGUCCAUAUCGUCCACGAGAUUCUUUGUUUCUCUUGGUCAACACAUUACUGACCGGGGAGUACUAGCUAACCUUGUCGUCGCUGUGAUGCGAGCUAACUAUUUUUGCAAAAAUCAUUUGUACUUACACUGAAUUCGUACUUCUCGGUUUUUUUCCUUCGUACCGAGUUUACGUCGGUUACGAUGGUCUUACCGAGUUUAUAGUGAGCUUUGCACCUAUAUAAAUUAUAAACUGAAGAGCCCGAUUGGAUUA